CGUGCCAUCGCGUCUCCUUGCCCCACCAUAGAAAAACCCCCCUCCAUCCGCAAAACGCAAGCCCCGCCGCCAUCGAAGAAUCCCCUCUACAACAUCACAUAACCACAACCAUAUCACCACCACAACACGGUCCUUCUUGUCCUUCCCACCAGUCCGAAAACCCCCCACCCUUAAAUCAGCCAUGCCCACCGCCACGAGCACCCCCACAACCCCUGUCCCCACGGCCCUCUUCGGCGGCGCCCUGCACGUCCUCCUGCCACCAGGAUACCUCGACGCCUCACUCAUCCGCGAAGUGCCCAGUACGCAAGAAGUCUUCGUGCCGCAGUCCACUAGCACAGACACGUCGAUCAUCUUCGAUAUCCUUGAGCCGCCUUUGCCGAUUCCGGCUGUCGGCGGGGACACAGACACGGACGGAAGCGGGGGCAGGGGCGGGGAUGGAAGUGGGGAUGGGGGUAGGGACAGCGAUGGGGGUAGGGACAACGAGGCGCUGAAGAUCCACUGGGACGAUAUCGUGUCCCCGCGGGCGUCGCGCGUGGUGAGGGUGCAGGCUGUGGAUGUGCCCGGCGCGCAGAUGCCUGGUGCACAGUCACAGCUGCGUGAAGGGCGCACACGGAAUAGGGCGUGGUGUAUUUGCGGGACUGUUGGCGAGGGCGAGGGCGCGGAGGGAGAAGGGUACACGGCUAUCCUGGCCACCGUCGUGCGCCUGCACAACGUCGCAACGGAUCUGGUCGUUACGGUUAACGUGCCCGUUUCGGCGGAGGAGGCGAGGGCGGAGGGGCCGGGGGCGGUGGGCGAGACUAUGGCCAGGGCAUUUGAGCUGAGGGAUUUGCUACUGGGAUCGUUGGAAGUAAGGGAUUGGGGGUUGUUUGUUAAUGAGUGAGUGAGCUGGGUUUUUGUGGGGUGG